UAAGGGGUUCCACCCUCUACCUGAAAGGAGCGCACCUGGAUCCAACGAGACGGAAGUAGUUUGCAAAGAUUGAGAAACGCUGCACAACUGUAUUCAUUUUGGUCAACAAUUACUCUGGAAUUCCACGUUAUCUCGAAGAUGAUUUUAAUUUAGCGAUAUGCUCGACAUAACUUGAUGGACUUUUAAAUCAAUCAUUUGGAGUCCAUUUCCCAUACUUUUUAUGUAACGUCCCGGUUACCUCCUCUGGUGGUGCAACUGACUGGUAGGUGAAGUACUGUCUCAAAGCUAUCUACCCCACACAUCUCCAGAAGAAUGAGUGGUCUCCGCAGAGUUCUCAGAAGGCGAUUACACCCCUUAAAACUAGUGAUAGUGGGCCUUAUUUUUGUCACAUUUCUCUUCCUAAUACAACGUGAGGUAGUAAGCCAAAGUCCCUCCCUUGAAGAGCCCUGGCUGAAGGAGAUGGCUGUCAAACGGGAUGCCAUGCUGGGCAUGGUGAUGGGUGCUGUCAAUAACUUUAGGGACGCCAUGCCAAAAAUGCAGAUCAAAGCCCCAGUGCGUCAGCAUGACAAUGCAGGGGACUUCUCCUGUUUGCCAGGGACCUACACGGCUGCUGAGCUGAGGCCAGCCCUGGAGCGUCCACCUCAGGACCCCAACAGCCCCGGGGCCUCUGGGAAGCCCUUUCACACAGAUAAACUGAGCCCUGCUGAACAGAAGGAGAAGGACCGGGGAGAGGAGAAACACUGUUUUAACCUCUACGCCAGUGACCGCAUUUCUCUCAGCCGUGACCUGGGUCCUGAUACCAGACCACCAGAAUGUAUCGAGCAAACAUUCAAGCGCUGUCCCCCUUUGCUGACCACCAGCGUGAUCAUUGUGUUUCACAAUGAAGGCUGGACUACUCUGCUGAGGACGGUGUACAGCGUCCUCCACACCUCCCCUGCCAUCUUCCUCAAGGAGAUCAUCCUGGUGGACGAUGCCAGUGUGGACGAUGCCUUGAAAGAGGAGUUGGAUGAAUAUUUGAAGCGGCUGCACAUCGUGCAUGUGGUGCGGCAGCGGGAGAGAAAGGGCCUGAUCACCGCUCGGCUACUGGGAGCCUCGGUGGCCACCGGAGACAUCCUCACCUUCCUUGACGCUCACUGUGAAUGCUUCAGUGGCUGGCUUGAGCCUCUACUGGCCAGGAUAGCAGAGAACUACACUGCAGUAGUGAGUCCUGACAUCACUACCAUUGACCUCAACACUUUUGAGUUUAUGAAGCCCUCGCCGUACGGGCAGAACCACAACCGUGGUAACUUCGACUGGGGCCUGUCCUUCGGCUGGGAGAGUCUACCGGACCACGAGAAACAACGGAGGAAGGAUGAGACCUAUCCUAUUAAGACACCGACUUUUGCUGGGGGACUCUUCUCUAUCUCCAAGGACUACUUCUAUCUCAUCGGAAGCUAUGAUGAACAAAUGGAAAUCUGGGGCGGCGAGAAUAUUGAAAUGUCUUUCAGAGUGUGGCAGUGUGGCGGUCAGCUCGAAAUCAUCCCUUGCUCCAUCGUGGGUCACGUGUUCCGCACCAAGAGCCCCCACACCUUCCCCAAGGGCACCCAGGUGAUCGCACGCAACCAGGUGCGGCUGGCCGAGGUCUGGAUGGACGACUACAAGGAAAUCUUCUACCGGCGCAACCAGCAAGCCGCCCAGUUGGCCAAAGACAGGGCCUUCGGAGACGUCGGGCGUCGUGUGGACCUCCGGGAGCGGCUGCAGUGCAAGAGCUUCUCCUGGUAUUUGAAAAAUGUGUAUCCAGAGGUCUUCAUGCCUGAUCUCAACCCGCUCCACUUUGGCUCGGUGAAAAAUGUAGGUAAAGACUCGUGUCUGGAUGCAGGGGAGAACAACGAGGGAGGGAAACCGCUGAUCUUAUAUCCAUGCCACGGCCUCGGAGGAAACCAGUAUUUUGAGUACUCGACCCAUCAUGAGAUCCGGCACAACAUUCAGAAGGAGUUGUGUUUGCAUGGGACGGAUGGAGCCGUGAAGCUGGAAGACUGCCAGUAUAAAGGCCACAAUACGUUUGUAGGAGCAGAACAGAAGUGGGAGUUAAGGGAGAACCAGUUAUUCUACAUCCCAGGAUGGAACCUGUGUCUGAGUGCUCGUCAUGAGCACCCCUCGUUGGUGGCCUGUAACCCCUCAGACAGAUACCAGCUGUGGCUCUACGUCUGACUACAGGACACACAUGGUGGACAAUGUGUGCCUUGGUAUCCUAGGACCAUUAGAACAAGUAGCAAUUGGCGUACAUUUUUGUUACGUUUUAUUAUCGAAGUUGAAUUUGUAUUUAUUUUUAUACGUAGAAGAACUGCUGCUGGAAAGUUUGCGAUUUUUGAGGAGAACGUGACCUCGGGAAGGAAGCGUUCAAACUGAUACUAAAGACUGUUUGUUUUACUCCUUUUUAAAAAAAAAAAAUCAUGAUUUGGGUAAAGGAAUUGUUUUUCUUGUCUUACACGCCAAAUGCUCUCUGUAGAUUGACGGAGGUAGCUAGGACUGUGGAAAGACUUUGGAUGGAUACUGAAUGAAGAGAGAUUUCUUUGAAGAAUGUCUUUUUUUUAUUUUUAUAGUGUGUACUUCGGUGGGAAAUCAACAUUACAUUUUAUUUAAUUACCAAGGUUUGCCCACACUGAAUAAUUUAUUAAUAUAAAUGUGAAAACCAACAGCAAUGGACUGUCAAAUAAUGCAGUAGUGCACUUGCCUCUUGCACAAACUGAAUAACUUCGAUGUUAUACACCAAAGACUAAUCAAGUUUUUUUCUCUUGUUUUUUUCUAUUAAAGACAUGCUCCAGAUCAAUCUGAGGAGAAUUACUGUCUUACCUCAAUUAGCCACAAAUCCAUUUACUGGAAGCGGUGUAGUGCCAUUUUCCUUACAUUUUCCCCCAAGUGGGCCAUCCCCCUGGCAAUUCGAGUUCCAGCCAAUGAGGUUCAGCCCCGGCGCGAGAAAUUACGUGGGGCACAUAUGUGAUGUAUGCAAUUUUCGUGGAUCAUUUUUGGCUUGUAAGCUCUACUUUCAGAACUACUGGCUAAGAUGUAUACGGGGAAAAUCUAUUUUAAAAAGUGUAUUAUAGGUUAUUCAACAUCUACCACUACUGCCUAUUUUUAUUAUGCAAACUAGUCUAUCAGAUGUGACAGGGAAGCACUAGAUAUGCAUCCUCCAUUACCACUACUAGAGGGUCUGAUUUCCCCUCUCCUCCAGCUGGUUUUCCUCACAAGCAGAUUGAGAAUGAUGUCUAUACGUUGCCCAUACAGUGCCUCUCACUUUAUGAACAGCUAAUUCUGAUAAAAUAUGAAGUCUCCAAAGUGGCAUUUUAACCAAGGGCUUGAGUCAUGUAGUUUUAUUUGGCACCUCUAAUUCAUAAUCGUCCGGUAUUUGCAAGAUAAAUCAUUUUCUUUUGCUUUUCCAUAUUGCUUGGCUGGGGAGUUCAAAGGUGUUUUAAUCAUGUAUACGGUUAACCUUUUUAUGAGACUUUAUCACCAUAGCAUUUUUAAACACAAAUCCAGUCACUGCUGUGGUAUUUGAAAAUGACCUGUUGUGUACAAUCUGGUUGAUUUUCAAGUUCAACUGCAAUGAAAUAGUAUUUUUUUUUUCUUUGAAAUCUCUCUUUACAGGAAUUUGCUAGAUUGAUUGGGCCCUGCCUACUUUUUAUCAAAAAUCUAAUAAAGUUUUAAUGUCAGGGUUUUAGGGAAUAAUUUAAGGUUGACACAUCUUAACAUGCGUAGUUCUUUGGAAUGUAUUUUUCUAUAUUUGACAACAUUUUGUAAAAUAAUUUUCUUGAAUUAAAUGAAUGUACAUGUUCAUGGGGAUUGGAAAAUGUAUAUGUAGGCUUAAAUGGGAUCUGUAGAAAGGGGAAAAAUGUUAACUUGGUUUACAACAUGGAAUGUAUGAUUGUAUUUUUUUGAGUCAAGUCUCAGAGCUCCCAGUAUCACACAAACGUCAGUGUUUCGAUGCAAGGGUGUGGGCUAGUUUAUACGAAUCGAUGGGAGAAUGCUGACUGACAAUGGAAUGUUAGAAUUUUGUUGACUAUUGAAUAUGUCUGGGACUGAGAAACAGAUGGGUCUAUUGCAGUCUGUCAAUAAAUUAGAACUGUGUGCCUUUUA